AUGGUUGGAGCUCCCGCCUUCCACCAAAUCGCAAAGAAGAAGGGGACUACUGUUUUUAUUGCUUCCCUCUAUGAGAUUAAUAAGAUCCUAGAAGAGCGGAGAGCUGCAGAGGCUAGUAUACUAGUUAGCCAGGUAGGAGAGCCUGAGCCUUCAGAGGAAGAGAUAAUUAAGAGAACACUACUAAAGGAAUAUCAUGACCUUUGGGACGUGUUCUCCAAGCGAGAGUCUGAUCAAAUGCCUCCAUCCCGGCCAAACGACUACCGGAUUGAGCUCGAAGGGGAUAAUAACAUUGGUUACGGGCCUCUAUACCGCAUGUCAACUGAAGAACUAGAAGCGGCUCGUCAGUACAUCCUGGAUAACUUGGACAAGGGCUUCAUUGAGGCUUGCAACUCACCUUUUGCGUCUCCCAUCCUGAUGGCACAGAAACCUGGAGGUGGUCUACGGUUCUGCGUGGACUACCGCAAGCUAAACGCCAUUACGAAGAAGGAUCGUUACCCAUUACCACUCAUUGACGAAGUGCUGGAACGGAUAUCCCAAGCUAAGAUCUUCACAAAGCUAGAUAUCCGACAAGGCUUCCACCGGCUACGUAUGCACCCAGACUCUGAAGAUCUUACCGCAUUCCGCUCAAGAUAUGGAACCUAUAAGUAUAAAGUCCUACCAUUUGGGCUAACCAAUGGACCAGCAGCGUUCUAG